AUGCGCUCUAAACUCAGAAGACAAACCCCUCCUCCUCCCGUAUCAGUAGUUCCAGACGAGGUCGAGAGUGACGACAGUGAUAACAGCGAUGAUAGCGAUGAUGGCAUUGAAAGUGAUAGUGAUGAUAGUGGCGAUGAGGACGACCUAGAGCCUCCGUCGCCAACAGCUGCUAAUGCGCCAUCGAAUACACAGUCGAUACCCACAACUCUCCGCUCAAGCACGAUAACCAGAAAUUCCCAAACCGUUCUUGUGACCUUCCCUCAAUCCACUAUUACGGCGGUAGUAAGCGGCUCACAGUCAACGGGACUUUUUAUCCGUCCGGCUGAACGUGUCACCGCAACGCCUACCGCUCGUCGUGGGGAAGUAGGUGCCGAGAGGACAGCGCCAGCCAACUCUCAGAGUAGUACGAGCCAGGUCACAGCGUCUCCAGACAAUGAACCAAUGACCGAUAUGGGGAGGCCACAGGGGGUAGCUCCCGCUCUUAUAGGGUCUCUGAUUGCUACUGGGCUUGUUGUUAUUCUAGUCGCUAUCGUCGCGGGCGUUCUGAUCAAGCGAAGAAACCGGGUUCGCAUCGGCCCCCCUCCAGAGCCCGCAACCGACACAGAGCCGCCAAUGGGGCAAACGGAUGUACAACAGCGAGACGCUGAGAAUCCAUUCCGGGACCCUCCUAGACCGCCAACUCCAGGGACGUACUAUAUUUAA